ACCCUGGCCUGAGCUAGCCGACACAGAUUUGUACGAUUUUCGUAGUUGUGUGUCCUGUGCCUGUGGAGUCUCCCUCGUCUCAGCUACACGGAGCUACUCUGCGUGGACCGAUGAGGAAAAUUGCAACUCUGCUUUGUUCAUUUGAAGUCGGUGAGGAGAACUCGUUAUCGUGAGGGAAGGCGAGCACUUUUGAUCCAAACAGCCGCCGAUCGAGUUUGCUGUUGAAAGUUUGUAGUCAUUGACAGCACAGACUAGGCUUGUUGCCAACGGUCAACGCACUCCAACGCCAAUGCUGGUUCUGAACGUCUUUCCAAUGGAUUCGAUUCUAUCUGGUUGCCGUUCGGUCUACUCAUUUGAUCGUUUACACCGUACGUAGAGCUUCAGCGGACGUUUGCACGACUGCCUCCUAGAUCGACUGUUGAAGCAGUUCGGGUCAGGCCGAGGCAGAAAGAGAGAGAGAGAGAGAGAGAGCGCAGGAGAGGAGGCAGCAUCUGGCCAAGCAGUAAGCUCGUGUGUCUCUGCGGCCUGGAGGAGCACCUGCUGAGCUGCUGAGCGGCGAUUUGUGCCACGGCGCUUAUACUAUAGGACUACAGCAGAAGCAAAGUGCUUAUUUCAAGCUGGAGACGGCAGUCUAAUCGGUGUCUUCUACGCGAGCUGUUGCAAAACUCUAGAAUCACCACCGGCCAGUGGCUUGCCUGACAUGGUAUUGCAGCCGAGUACGAGUACUGUCAUUGCCUGAGCUGAUUCUGUUGCUGUUGUUGGACAUCACCUUCGCUUUGCUGUGGAGUUUGGCGCUGAGCAAGUAGGCUGUGCGAUCCUCCCCAGCCUAACCGAUGAUACUAAGUUUCGUGGUGUCAAUCUCUGUUACUGCCAAAAUCUGCACUGUCCUAAGUGUGUCUCGUCACUCCAGUGCAUGGCACAUGUACACCAUGACACGUGUAUGAUGUGGCUUUGUCCAUAUUCUGCAUUCUGCCUGAAAAGUGAAAAUGAUCAGCUGAGCUUGGCUGAUCAGGACAAGCUGCCAGCACUAAUACUCCCUGCUCAGACAGUGUGACUGGAGUAUUCUAUGGAGUGUGACUGUGCAAGUAUGUGACACACGUUCAGUGGACUGUGGACUGUAUAGUGGACUGUGGACUUCAUAUUGGACUGUGGACUGCAUAGUGGAUUGUGUUCAGAAGCACCUGUGCACCUGUACGGAAUAGGAAAUAUUCUUCUUCCUGGCGUUUUCCGUGGCUAUUCCGACUAGCAAUUAUGGAGUACCCGAAUCAUGCGACAGCAAGUGACCAGGUUCCGAACCUUCCAAACGCGGACACUGCGGAUGGCGCACAAUUCAUGCUCAACAUGUUGCAGAACAUUGGUUAUGGCACGGCCCUUCAAUCCUUUGUACCAGAUCCAGCAGCUCCUACAGCUCCCUCUUGUACAGAUCUAUCAAGUGGGGGGUUCUCCCACAUUGUUGGCGGAGAAAGAUCGGGAGGACAGAAUGCCGUCUCAUCUAGCCCCAAUCACGACAACAGCCAACAACUACCCGACAGGCCCGGUUUCCCUUUGGGAUUGGAGACCACAGCUACAGCAGCCCCUGCUGCUAUGCAGGCUACAUGCAAUCACUCCAACACGACGCAUAGCCAUGCAGAGGCGACCAACACGCCACUGGCAUCAUCUAACCCGCCAACCAAACCUGUAGCACCGAAGCGGAAAACCGUGUUGCCCGUUGCGAAAGCGGAGAAAAGGUCCACCUCUCAGCGAUCGAAAUCCCAUCAGGCUAAGCCAGAUGCGCCCAAGCCACUCUCCGCGAGUGAGAUGAAGGACAGCCAUAGUGAAGUGGAACGCAAGAGACGGUUGGCGCAGAAGGAGAUGAUCGUAGCGAUGACCGGCAUGCUGCCCUUUGGUUCCGACAUCAAGAAGCGCGACAAGCUAGACAAACUAAAGGCCAUCAUAGAACUGCUCAAGAAAGUACAACUUUCUGACAGUAAGCAGUAUGCCGAUGAAGAACACCCGUCUAGUUUCGUGCCUGAGAGUGUCCACAUGGACUUAAUCAUGAAGGCAUCUCAAGGUAUUUACUUCGUCAUUUGCUGUAAAACGUACAAAUUGCUGAGCUGUUCGGCGAAUAUCACUCAGAUUGUAGGCAUCAGUGAAGCGGAAUUGGUUGGUCAGGUUAUCACCGACUUCGUUCACUGGGAGGAUGUUGAAAUUAUGCGGAAAAAGCUCGCUUCACCCGAUGCCAAUCUGCUGAUACAGGGCGAGCAUGCGAUGAGAGCACAGUCUAUGCCUUCCCAGCAGAGGAAAGGUAAAGCAACGCGUGCGUCUAAUACAGCAGAGCCGACUGUUCCAGGACAGUUGCCGGAGGAACUGCUCAGAAAGUUCACGUUUCGUCUCAAACGAUCGGAUCUAGCCCACCAGGUGGCAACAGCGCCAAACUGGCUGAAAGGAAAAGCGCCGCAGAGUUCUCUGGAGGAUGAAGUCGAAAUGUUUAGCCCAUGCCAGAUAUCUGGCUACUUUCGUGGCAAGUUUUCAGGCCUCACACUGGAUGAUGAAGAGGACCCAGUGCUUGAUGAAACAUCACUAGUCGGAUGUGAAUUCUAUGGCAUCCUACAGUCACCGCACAUCAUUCAGCAGCCCGAAGACCCGAGGAAAAAGCCCAAGGACUCCGCAAAGAGCUACUUCUGCCGAACCGAUCUGACUGGCAGUCACACCUUCGUUGACUCAAGAGUACGGGACCUGCUUGGCUAUGGCCCAGAAGACUUACAUGGAAAAUCUGGCUACGAUCUCUUCCACCGCGAUGAUCUGGCGGACCUGAUGACUUUCCAUCGGCAAGUGUUGGGUACCCGGAAAGAAGGACUGACGCCAAUUUUCCGGAUGAAAUCAAGAUCGGGUGAAUGGCUCGCCUUCCAGGCACGCACAUGCCCGAUAGAGAACCCGGUGUCCAAGAACUUGGAGUACCUUAUAGUUCGAAACUUCCUACUGGAUAAUCACUUGCCUGAGGAGGUACUCGUGAACUCUCCCAAGAACUCGCACUUGAUUUUGGCCGGCAGCGAUAACAAGCAGGCUAAGUCCACAAACUCUAGCAAGAAGAGGGCCCCUGCCACCCAGACUAAACCGAAACGGAAAAGGCGUAAGGCGCCGAACAUCACCGAGAUCUCCCCAGAUGAUGCCGAAGAGAAUGUUAAGUCGGAGAAGCCAUCAGCUGACCCUGUUCUGCCCGCUGCUGGUCUGAAAUGCUGCGGCAACGGUUCAACAAGCAACUUGUCCGACGCCAGCAGCGCAGCAACGCAGUUCAGAUCACAAGAGCUGGCGAGCACAGUGGCUGCGGUGAGUGGGGCCUACGCCUGUACUCCUGUACUCCUGCACCUUGCUAGGCAGCAUAUGCAUGGGGUAGUGCUUGACUACCACUGUGUUGCGUGCUUGUGUAUGCUUAUGCGUGGUUGUGAAUGGUUACGCAUGCUUAUGCGUGGUUGUGCAUGCGUAUACGUGGAUGCUGUAAGUCAACAAAUAUUCGGUGCAUAUCUGUUUUCGCCAAUAUUCGGCCUGAGCAUUUUGGUCCGAAAAUUUAUUCCGGUGGAAAUUUUGUUUUGCAAGGUACAGUGUGACAGUGUAUACAGGCAGCAGUAGUACAGGCUGAAAUGUCAAUGCUCCCAAAGGUGGUUUAGUC